UACACAGUGAGGCCUGUGAUUCCUGCAGAGAAGGCAGAGUUAAUUUCCGUUGCCAGGGCAAUGCAUAGAGAGGAGUUUGGCCCAAGAAUGCAGAAACUAUUUCAACCAGAAACGGAUGCAGCACUUGAAGCCAUACAAACAGGUGUUUAUGUUGGCUGGAGGUUACCAAACUAUAAGUUUGAUUGCAUCCGUGUUUGUCGUCUUUCACGCUGUUUCUGUGGCCAUCUUUUACAAGACCAUGCAAAAUAUAAUGCAAAAAGUCUGCGUGUCCCUUGUGGUCAAUGUGAGUGCAAAGCAUUUGCCUUUGUUCCUGGACGACCAGAGGAUGUUGGGGAAUUCUGGUUCCAGCGGAGAAGGAACUUCGACCCAUCCACGUGGCGAGCAAAGUGCCGAUGUAAACACACUCAUGAAGAACACAGAUGUAAUGGGAUGCGACAUUGUAAAACAAGAGGAUGCAGUUGUAGUGCUUUCAAUUCUAAUUUUCUGUGUGCAGCUUGCGAUAAGCACUGGGAAGAACAUGAAACUUUGUUCGAAGGAGAAACUGAACGUAGACAAAAUGGCAUCCCAUAUGGCGAGGAGUAUUUACCAUUUGCCGAGAUGCCUAAUCUCCGAAACAUGGCAUUGACCGGGGUUGAUGAUGAUCCGGGAAUAUAUCGAGAGCUGGUAGAAGGAAAGGGACCAAUUCCACAGGGAAGACAGAUAACACAGGGCACCCCAGUAAGGCCUAGUGCUAAUCCAUCGUUUAAACCUGUCUGGGACUAAUGUGCAAUUUUUUAUAAAAUGUUAAAUACUGUAUUAUUAUUGUACUUACAUUUAACUGUAAGUAUUAAUGGUUGUUAUAUAGAUAUACAAAUAUCAACCCAAUUUGUUUAUAUAAGGCCAUUAUGUAUUGAAUUUUUAUCCAUUAUUAAGUAUGCAAAUUAUAAUGAUUAUUCUCAAAACCAAAAAUUUUCGACCUUAUUCUAUAAUUUAUUACAUGUUCUUUUGUUGUGUUGAUGUAUUGAAGACAGAUAUGACAGGGCACCCAAAGAAGGCCUAUUGUUAUAGUCCAUCGUUUAAACCUGUCUGAGACUAAAAGUGCAAUGCUGUAUUUAGAAAUAUUAAAUACUAUCAUUAUUUUAAUUACAGUACUGUAUAUAUUAAUACUUGGUAUAUAUAGAUAUAUAAUAUACAACCCAAUUUAUUUACAUCGGACCAUUAGGUAUAGAAUUUGUAUCCAUUAUUAGGUAUGCAAAGUGUAUGAAUAUUUUCUAAAUCAACGAGUUUAAUCAAUUUUAUAUUUUAUAAUAUGUUAUUGUGAAAAAGGAGUUGCCCUAACCAGGAUUCGAACCUAAAACGCCUUAUUA